AUGGCUCCGGCAGAGUUCUCUUUGCGUCUGCAGCAAGGUAUUACCGGUGGCUUCGCGCCUCCCACUCCAAGCGCUAUCUAUACAGUCACAGGGACGCCAUCCCAGCCUUCGUUCAGCGUAACCGCUGCCGUGCGGCCUGACGGGACACCAUCCCUUCAAGAUGCGCUGCCAAAGUCCCUCGCAGUUAACGAGGAGACGACCGCGCUCAUUGGCGAGCUGCACAACAUCCUGAAGGGCUUACCGACGGAGUCACCGCCCGGAAGCCAGGACAUCUAUGGCAUGGACACUAGCAUUGCGUUUGGGAGUGAUGAUCUUAUGUGGAUGAAUGGGGGCCCACAAGGCUGUGGAGGUGGCAUCAGCGAGACGCAAGCGACGGCGGAGGACAAAGCUAACUUUAGGAGGGCAGUGGAUAUCGUGAAUCGAUUGGUGGAGACAGCGUCUUGA